AUGUUCCUGGAGGGGCUGCACCUCUUCCUCACUGCCUGGAACCUGAAGGUCAUGAAUUACACCAGCGCCAGCCGGUUCAAGAAGAGAUUCAUGUACCCGUUCGGCUACGGAUUCCCAGCCCUGGUGGUGGCUAUUUCUGCAGUGGUGAAUCCUGACGGCUACGGAACUUCCAAACACUGCUGGCUCAGCCCGGAGAGAGGAUUUAAUUGGAGCUUCCUGGGUCCAGUCUGUGUCAUAAUCCUGAUAAAUAUAACGUUCUUUGCCCUGACCCUGUGGAUCCUGAGAAACAGUCUCUCCUCUCUCAAUGCAGAUGUGUCCACCCUCAGAGACCACAGGUUACUGACCUUUAAAGCCGUCGCCCAGCUCUUCAUUCUGGGCUGCCCAUGGAGCCUUGGUCUCCUCCAAGUCGGCCCAGCAGCCACGGUCAUGGCGUAUUUAUUCACCAUCGUCAACAGCCUGCAGGGAGCCUUCAUCUUCCUGGUGCACUGUCUCCUCAAUCGCCAGGUGAGAGAGGAGUACAGGAGAUGGAUCAAGAGAUUCAGAAUGUUCAGUACAAAGUCUGAGACAUCCGAUCUAUCCAUGUCUGCUGUCCCCACCACCAGCACCAAGACGGUGGAGUUGGCAGCAACCAGGGCCGAGUUCAAUACGUAGGGGUUCCAAUACAAAACCAAACCGGCUGGAGCCCCUGUGACGUUGCACUCCAUAUGCUUUAUGGAAAUAUGCUCAUGAAUAUGACAUAACUGGAAUAUACUUUACGCUAAAUACCCCUUGCAUGGUGUCUUUAGAAAGCUUAUCAUCUGCUAAGUGUGUUCAUCCUAUUUGUUUGCAUGUAUUAUUUCUAUAUCUGGACUUAGGAGAAUAAGAUAUAAACUUCUAUCACUGAUGGAAAAACAUAGUAAG